UGGACCUUGGUGGAUAACCAAGGCUGUUUCCCUCAGUCCGCAUUCAAAGGCAUGUUAACAGGUUCGAUUAAUCGUGACAACUUGGACGGAGCCUCGGUAACGGACUUUAGUGGACCCACAGAGAGCUGAAGGAACCAUGAAGUUGGUCAGGUUCAUCAUGAAGAACGCUGCGUUGGCCAGCGUUCCCAAACACAUCGAGCAUUUCUCCAAAUUCUCCCCCUCUCCGCUCUCCAUGAAGCAGUUUCUCGAUUUUGGUUCCAUCAAUGCCUGUGAAAAGACAUCUUUUGUCUUCCUGAGGCAGGAGCUCCCGGUGCGACUUUCAAACAUUAUGAAGGAAAUCAACCUCUUGCCAGAUAAACUGCUGUCAACCCCAUCAGUACAGAUAGUGCAGAGCUGGUACAUCCAGAGUCUACUGGAGGUCCUGGAUUUCUUAGAAAAGAACCCUGAUGACCACAAGGUCCUGGCAGAGUUUGUUGACGCCUUGGUUACAAUCAGGAACAGACACAAUGAUGUCGUGCCAACUAUGGCACAGGGCAUCAUUGAGUACAAAGGGGCCUUCCCCCAGGAUCCAGUGACCAACCAGAACAUUCAGUAUUUUCUGGAUCGGUUCUACAUGAGUCGCAUUUCAAUCCGUAUGCUCAUCAACCAGCACACUCUGAUCUUUGACGGCACCACCAACCCUGUUCACCCCAACACCAUUGGCAGCAUCGAGCCUCACUGUCAAGUCAGCGAUGUAGUACAGGAUGCCUUUCACAGUGCCAAGAUGCUGUGCGACCAGUACUAUCUCUGUUCUCCUGAUCUGGAUCUGCAGGAAAUGAACUACAAGAAUAAGAACCAUUCAGCCAACAUCGUCUACGUUCCCUCUCAUCUUUAUCACAUGCUGUUUGAGCUCUUUAAGAACGCAAUGAGAGCCACCAUUGAGACGCACGAAAACAGCAACCACCUCCCACCAAUUAAAGUCUUGGUGUCUCUGGGUGGAGAGGACAUGUCAAUCAAGGUAAGCGAUAAGGGCGGCGGUGUCCCAUUUCGCAGGAUCGAGAACCUCUUUAGCUACAUGUACUCCACUGCUCCUGCUCCACAGAUAGGAGAUCACACUCGGCCUCCCCUGGCUGGCUUCGGUUACGGUCUGCCCAUCUCUCGUCUCUAUGCCAAGUACUUCCAGGGAGACCUGCAGCUGUACUCCAUGGAGGGCUUUGGCACCGAUGCAGUCAUCUACCUGAAGGCCUUGUCUACAGACUCCAUCGAGAGGCUGCCUGUGUACAACAAAACCGCAUUAAAGAACUACAAAGUGAGUCAGGAGGCAGACGACUGGUGUGUGCCCAGCAAGGAGCCCCUGGACCUGAGCAACUACAGGACGGCCAAGUGAAGAUGUCUUCCAGAAUCAGUGCUCCAAGCCUGAAAAGCCUCCAGAAUAGAGGUGGUGUUAUUGCCCUGUUGAUGUUUGCUCAUAUGGGAACACUCUGCUUUUAGCUUCUUUCUGUUUGCACUCCCAACACUUGGGGUUCUUCAUCAGAAAAUAUAGGAUAGGAAACAGUUACAAGCGUUUAACACUGUCAUCCAACCAAUGUUGCUAAAAUACAGUUUGAAUGUGUUUAUGUGUAAAGAGGAGCAGAUGAGAAGAGUUGGAAGGAGCUCCCAGCAUGCCUUGGGGAUUCUUAAAAAUACAUAUCUGAGUGAAAAGAAGGAACAAAGACAGAUGUGGGCUCACUUAAAAAAAUAUAUUCAUAUAUAUUUUGCAAUAUAUGCAUUUGUAACAGAAAUGUUGAAAGAGGAGCAUGAUGAGGUUUUAAACAGAGAGAACAGUUGUUGAAAAGUUGAGCAUGGUGCACAUCCUGUCUUCUGUGAAGGAGCACCACCUAAGCCCCAACGUAGUGGCAUCACCCAAAAAAGCUUUUCUUUGCAAUUACUUGAAGUAUUUGAAGAACUAAUACGCCUGUUGCAUUGUUAUAUUUAAAAUACUGUAAAAGUCUGUAGGUUUGAACAAACGUGUAACGUGGUGAAUACUUUUCAUACGUCAGUCCAAAAGACAACCUAAGUGUUGUUAUCUUGUCAUGAAUUUCGUAGUGGACAUAAUGUAAUUAGGAUUGAUCUGUUUGCUUUCAAAGCGAACUUAUUCUUAUCAGAGGACUACAAGACCGCAGGGCCAAAGAUGUUUUUUGCUCUUAGCAGAUUUCAGUGGAGGUAGGAAAACCACAGGAGACAGUUCAAGUGGAGGUGCUGGUAAACUACAAACGUGAUCCAGGUCCAUGGGUUUUAAAGAUGAACAAGUUUCUUUUGUUUUUUUAAUUGAUCUUAAUCUGACAUUGUGUAAGAGGUUAUUUUUAUAUCUGCACUGUGUGACUGAAAUGGUUGUAUAUAUUGUAAAUAUGAUACAAAUUUUAAAAAACUGCUACUGUUCUUCUGUGGUUUGGUGAAUUCACUUGAACCCUUGUAUAAAAGCCAACAGUAAAAAACAGAGCAAAUAUC